ACAAGCAAAUUUGUCUUGGCCCCGAUUGUAACGUCCCAGCACACAACUGAAGCUUCAACUCCAACAAUAAACCAAAAGAAAUUAAAGUGUACACAAUAAACAUUAAAAAGCGAGACGCGAGUGUAAAAUAAUUUCAACAAAAAUAAAUUAAACAGUGCACAAAAAAAAAAAAAAACUCGAAUAAUGUAAAGUAAAUAGUAGAAGAAAUUCAGGAGCAGCAAUUGGAGAUUACAGCAGAAGAAGAAGAAGAAGCAGCAGCAGCAGAAGAUGCCGUCGCGUGAAAACAACUCCGCCCUAUUUUGAGCUGCAGUCAUUGACAUAGACUAAAAGUCACAGCAACAACACAACCAUGUGCCGCUGCCUUCAUAUCCUGAUCCUUGCUGUUGAAGAAGCAUCAAUAUUAUUAUUAACGUAUUAGGCAUUAACUUUUGCACCAAAUAUAAGAGUUUUCAAAGAGGAUGGGAGCGGGAAACGAGAGUGGCACAGCGAGCAUCGCUGCCGACGUCGCUGCCGCUGCCGCUGCUUCUGCUGCUGUUGCUAAGAGCAGCGCCUUGCAUUCGCUGGACAGCUAUGAUGUGGUCUACGAUGGUCAGGAGCAUGAUGACACCAAAAGCGUGUCUCAUCUCGAUUGGCCCUUCUUAAUUAAGGGAAUCCUGGAGAGCAGCCAGACAUGUGCACCCACCACACCGGACACACUGGCCGCCCUGCUCUGGGCAAUUAUCGCAGUGUUUGGCAUCGUCUAUGCUCUGCUUGGCUAUCGCUGCUUGCGAGCCGUUGGCUUCCUCAGUGGGUUGAUGGUGGGCGCCAAUGGCAUCUUCAUAUUGCAGGACUUUCAGAUCACUUGGCUGGGCAAACCCGCCGACUCGGCGCUGGCCAUUGUCGCCGGUCUCUUGGGUGCCGUCUUGGGCUCCACAUAUCCCGUGGCGUCGGUUUUAAUUAGCGCCUUUGCUGGCGCCUUGCUCUCCGGUGCUGCGAUGGCCGUGUGCGUUGCCACCAUGCCGGACAAUGAAUUUGGCUAUCGCGAGAUCUAUGUCGCUGUGGUGGGCGGUGCUGUCAUCUGUUCGGUGUUAACGCUGUGCUGUGUCAAGUAUGUCACCAUACUCACGUCCAGCAUUGUCGGCACCGCCAUGAUUAUUGGCGCCAUUGACUUUUUCAUGCACGGCCUGGAGACCAUUAACUGGAUACUUAACAUGAAGCCACAUCCAUCGCCACCGCCUUGCUACGGCGGAUUGCUGAUCACCGCCUGGCCGGUGACCAUUGUGAUAAGCAUUAUGGUGCAGUGCUUCAUCACCGCCUGGCGCGUGGAUCAUCGCAAACGCAUCUAUAUGCGGCACCAUCAACCCCAUGGCGCCCAUGGUCCGCAUCAUCACGGACUGACCCACGGACAGCCGCCGGCGCCGGGCAAUCCUCAUGUGCCGAUGCGGCGGGCUCAAUCGCGUACACGAGAAACACGCGAGGAGGCGCGUCAACGCAAGUUCCGUUAUCUGUAUCAGGUGCGCACAGCACGCGGUGACAUUAUAUCGCAGAACUUUGUCUCGGCUCUACAGAAGCGCAUACAAUUGAGCGGCACCGAAACGCCAUCGGAGCGUUCGAUUAAGACGAGCUCAAAUGAACGCAACACAUUCCGCAGUGAUCGGACACACUUUACGACCAUUCACGAUCCGGAGCUGUGCGAUAAGAUUGAAAUUGUGCGCGACAUUGGAUAACAAACAAGCAAUAGCUACAUGUAACUAUAUCCGUAAGGGGGGCUAGGGAGUGAUAUAUUGAACAGAUUGGAUUUUAGGGUCGGGGGCCAAUUUAAAAUCGAUGCGAGUUUGGACAACACGGUUAUACCAACUAGAAAUCAACAUGUAGCUAAAUGGCAAACAAAAAAGUAAACCCAAAAGUGACACGACGGACAGCAGACCGACAAAAUGAAGCGUAGAGGAGACACAAGCUUUAACUUGAUAUGGAAAUUGAAAGAAUACCAGAUGAAGAGGACGAGUUAUACUCGCGUUUGGUUUCCCGCAAAAUAUAUAAAAAAAAGAAAACGAAACUAUUCCAAUAAUGGGUAAAUUAUGAAAAUACUGUAAAUGUAUUUGCAUUCCUAGCACUUUAAGAGCAUAAUUAUGAUAUUCCCCAAUAAUCGAAGUUAGGAAACCUUUGCACCCAAAAAAACACAUAAGAUAAGUGUAAAGUAAAGGGAUGUUACUAUAACACAAGAAUAUAAUAAUAAUAAGUAUAUGAAUACGAAAAGAUAGUGAAUGUAAAUGUAGCCAGUGUUUGUAACAAGUUUGACUUGCGUGAUUGAUUGAAAAUGGAUUGUGUAUCAAGGAUUGUUUCUUCUAGUAACUAAAUAUUAUAUACUCGUAUCUGGUCGAAGUUAAGUUGAAUCGCGUAUUCCUAAAAUGCAACUGCAACUGCAACUGCAAAAUGCAAAAUGCACACAUAAUAAUUAUUAUCAAUUUACUAAUGAGUUUGUGAUCUGUGUUAUUCAACAUAUUCCAAGAAAAAAAAAAAACAAAAUACAUAUGAAACAACUUUUUCCGCUCUUCGAAUACAACUUAUACUAUAUACAUAUAUAUAGUGCAUAUAUCUACUAAUUACAACUGAUGUUUCCUUCGAUUUUAAAAACAAGUCUACAUAGUAAUCCAUAGCAAAUACAACAAUAAUAUAUAUAUAUAUAUAUAUGAUGUGCAUACCUAUUAAGUACAAUAAAUUUAAAAUGUCCGGGAACCGAAUUUUACGCCAAAAUAUAGCAAACGAAUCUGUACAGUUGCAAAGAUUAAUUGAUGCCUAUUAGGAAUUUAAAUAACCGAAAAAAAAAUGAACGUUAUGAAAUUUUGCAAAAUUGCAUUUAAAACAAAUCCUUGUACUUGUCGUAUUUAUCAUAAAGUUUAAGGCUAAGCUAAGGUUCUCUCUAUUAUUAAUUGAAUGAAAUAAGCUCCAUGCAAA